AUGACUGGCCGUCUUGGAUAUGAGGGGCGCCCGGAGCGUCAAAACGAAUACUUCAUUCCUGGCGAUGGUAUCAGCCGGGAAGUCAUCCAAGCAGACAUUUGCCGUUACCUUGGAAAUGAUGCGCUCGUAAGACCCGGAAACCACAAUGGUCGUCAGGGUUAUUUCAUUCGCGCCUACCGGAAUCUCACCUCUGAAAUGAUUGCUGACCUCAAAAAAGACUCGGCUCGGUGGGAGGCCGAUGUUAUACGUCGGGCUGACCAGGGCUAUCCCAGAGGUAGCUACCAACAAGAAUUAAGCUAUUCCCAGCCACCCAGCAUGCCCGCGGCGUCCUACCCGGUAUCUGCCAUUCAUGAAGGACGUCAGCAGGGAGGGCCAUCCCCUCCGCCUGCCUUCUCAGCUCCUCCCCCUACUCAGACAUUCCAGGUGGAUCCAUAUGCACAAUCGUACCAGGCGACUCAGAGUCCCCCGUACCCACCUGCAUCAACUUACACCGGCCCCAACCAUUCACCCUAUGGAUCUGCCCCGAACCCCUACCCUAGUGGUCAGAUCCCCUACACUACUUCCAGCCAACCUCCGGUGACUGCUGAAAUGCACCCGUCGUCAUACACGUAUGGCCCUGGCUAUUAUGAGAAUGGAAGGAGCAAUGCCCCCAGGUAUCCCGGGCCUGGCUAUGAAACCGAACAGGACUAUUCUCCAGUUACCACCGGGAUCCCUUACCCUACUACCACAGCCCCGGACCCUCGGAUAGGAAUGGAUCCCAGAUACACUCCUGAGGCAUCAUACCCUCCGGCAGACCGCAAUAGGCCACAACCAGCCAGAGGCGGGGAAGCCCCUCGCCGGACUAGGUAA